UUGAAUAUCACAAGGCGUAAAAUUACAUGGCACUCUCGGUUGAAAGUGAGCAGCUCCAACCUGUCAGUGAAAAGUGAGCAGUUCCAAGCUAGCUUUCAGUUAAGAGUGAGCAACCCCAACCUGUCAGUGAAAAGUGAGCAGUUCCAAGCUAGCUUUCAGUUAAGAUUGAGCAACCCCAACCUGUCAGUGAAAAGUGAGCAGUUCAAGCUAGCUUUCAGUUAAGAGUGAGCAACCCCAACCUGUCAGUGAAAAGUGAGCAAAAAAUGAGCAACCCCAACCUGUCAGUGAAAAGUUAGCAACCCCAACCUGUCAGUGAAGAGUGAGGAACCCCAACUUGUCAGUGAAAAGUGAGGAACCCCAACCUGUCAGUGAAAAGUGAGCAGUUCCAAGUUAGCUUUCAGUUAAGAGUGAGCAACCCCAAGCUGUCACUUAAAAGUGAGCAUCCCCAACCUGUCAGUGAAAAGUGAGCAGUCCCAAGCUGUCAGUUAAAAGUGAGCAUCCCCAACCUGUCAGUGAAAAGUGAGCAGUCCCAACCUGUCAGUGAAAAGUGAGCAGUCCCAAGCUGUCAGUGAAAAACCUCCACAGUUAUGCUCGAGCAGUAAAAAAAACAAAAACACACACUCUAUCAUCUCCUCAGUCAUGUCGAACGGGUGCCCCAAUUCAGUGCCCACCCAUGCCCGAAGCCUGGUCUUCAUCGGGCUGGAGAGGUCGCCGCCCUUUAUCCUAGAAGCCUCCCGAAUUCCCUCCGAGUUGGAGGAAGGAGAGGUCCUCAUAUCAGUAGAACUCGCAGCAAUUUGUGGCUCCGAUAUCCACACUUUAGUGGGCCAAAGAACGACGCCUCACCCGUGCGUCCUCGGGCACGAGGGGUGCGGCGUCGUGGUCAAAUCAGGGCGCCCAGGUGUCCAGGAAGGCGACCGGGUCACUUGGGGUAUCUCCACCUUCUGCGGGAACUGCCUCCUUUGCUCUCUGGGGCAUACGAAUAAGUGUGAGAAUCAGAUUAAGUGUGGCCAAGUCAUCAUAAAAAGGGCGGCCCUUUUCGGUUCCUACUCGACGCACAUCCGAUGCCCCCCAGGGACGCCCAUCGUCACUCUGCCCCCUGCUCUCACGCCCCAGAUGGCAGCGCCCGUCAACUGUCCCUUGGCCACCAUGGUUCACGCGAUCUCCAAGAUACCCUCUGUGCCCAGGCCGGGACAGCCGGGAGCGUCGAUAGCUCUUAUUCAGGGCGCUGGCAUGAUGGGCAUGUACGCCAUAGCACUGCUUAAGGAGGCUGGUUUCUCCAAAGUCUACUGCAUAGACAUGAAUCGUUCGAGGCUGUCACGGGCGGCGGAAUUUGGAGCGACUCCUGUUCAUCCGGACCAAGCAUGGCCAAAUGCUCUUGAUCCAAACGAAGAGAUCGUGUCUCCCGACAGUGUCGACGUCGUUAUUGAAGCUUGUGGCAACAAAGAAGUUCUGACUCAAGGUAUGAGAACUCUGAGGGUCGGAGGCACCUACAUCCUCGUCGGCCUAGUCCACAAGGAUUCCAAACUCAAUGUUCUAGCACAAACGGUUGUAACGAAAUGCCUCACGCUAAUUGGGGUCCAUAAUUACACAAGUCAGCACCUGGAAGAGGCUGUGAAAUUUCUCAGCCAACACCACGACAGGUAUCCGUUCUCGUCGUUAAUGGGACCAAUUUACCCAUUGUCCGAAUUUAGGAACGCUGUGGAAGGAGCCAAGUCUGCGCAUUUCUUCAGGGUGGGAAUCAGCCCACACAUGUGAGCGAAAUGCCCCCACCCCCCAGCGUUGUCUACCGCAGAAACUGCAUCGUUGUUGUUGUACCCUUUUCAUUGUCUUGUCUUAAGGAAUUAUUAAAGAAUAUAUUGUUCGUUUCUUGAUGUAA